CAGCCGCCUAGCGGAAUGGCUGCAGCUGCGACCAACUCUUUUUCCGGCGGCGGCCCGGCGGCGGUGAGGCUGCCGUCGUCACCGCCGGUCAAGGUGUUGGCGGAGCAGCUGCGGCGCAACGCGGAAGGCAGCCCGGGCGCGUGGCGGCUGUCACGGGCAGCGGUUGGCCGCGGGCCGCUGGAGCUUACGGUCGUGUGGAUGCAGGGCACGGUGGUGGCAGCAGGCGGCGGCGAGGCGCGGCUGCGGGACCCGAGCGGGGCCUUCUCGGUUUGCGGCCUGGAGCGGGUGCCGCGCGGCCGGCCCUGCCUCGCCCCAGGAAAAUAUGUGAUGGUAAUGGGAGUGAUUCAGGCCUGCAUUCCUGAGCCAUGCCUACAGGCUGUGAAGAUGACGGAUCUUUCUGAUAAUCCCGUCCAUGAAAGCAUGUGGGCACUGGAAGUAGAAGAUUUACACAGGAAUAUUCCUUAGGAGAUAUUGGAGGUGUCAUUAAAAACAACUGCAAUUCUGAAAAGACUUAGGUUCUUAUACCAUGUGGACUUCAGGGACAUUGUUCAAUGUGUAUUUCUCAAAAAUUUCUCGGAGAGCUGUGCUCUGGCUCACCAGGGAGUCCAGAUGUAGGAUUUCUAAAUGCUGGGACACACACUGCAGUUCACUCAGCCCCUGCUGCCCCUGCUGCCCCUGCUGCCCCUGUGCUUUGAUGGCUGUUGGCUGAUGAAAAGCAGAUGUGUUCAUUCUCUCUCUCUCUGCUUUGGUUUAUGUGUGUUCAUUCUUUCUAAAGCACAUAGAAAUCUCAUGUUGCAGUUUUCAAGUUUUACUAGUGACGAUACUUUUUCUGUUACCACCGCAACCCUAUUUUACGAUGCAGACUUGGCAUCUCAGUCUUUGCCCUUGGUGAUUAAAGUGAAUCUCAGUCAGGUGUGGUUAUGGGCAGGAAAAUAGACUGUGUGAAAGAAGAAGGACAUCAUGGGCCCACGUCUUCUCCAUCAACAACUUCCAUGGCCAGUUUGCAAGUCAAACGGUUCAGCAACCUCUCCAAGACAUAGCUCCCUUCCGAACACCACUCAGCCUUCCUGUCCAUUUCCCUUAGAUGUGGGUGAUGGUAGGAGCUGCUGAAAUGCUUUCAGGAUUUCAUAUUGAAACUAAAGAUUGAUUGAGAACAACUCUCAAGCAACUGCUAACUUCUGCCUCUUAACUUUUGAUGAGACACUGCAUUGGGAGCAUCCUCCUGGUACAGAGCUCUUACAUUUUUGGUAUGGAAUGACCUUUUGUUGUGAUUGUAUUGAACACUGGGUUUCUGCUCUCUGCUUCUAACCCAGCCCUCUUUUCCCCUUAGAUUGUAAGUGUCAAAGGAGCCAGGUUUUGUUCCAACAGUGCUGUAGAGUUUUGCUGCAUUAUGAGUCAUCUACCACUAAUAAUUGUUUCAUAUGCUGUAUGUUUCUUAAAUAGAUGUUUUAAAGAGCAUCUUUAGAUUUACAGGAAAAAAUAACAAAAAGUAUAUAAUUCCCGUAUACCCCUUUCCUCAGUUUCUCCUAUUAUUUUUUUAAUUUUAUUUAUCUUUAGAGGGGAAGGGAAGGAGAGAGGGCGAGAAAUAUCAAUGUAUGGUUGCCUCUUGUGUGUCCCCUGCUGGAAACUGGCCUGCAAUCCGGGCAUGUGCCCUGACUGGGAAUCGAAUUGUGAUCCUUUGGUUUGCAGGCCCGCACUCAAUCUGCUGAGCUAUACCAGUCAGGGCCCAGUUUCUCCUAUUAUUAGCAUCUUGUGUUGGUGAUACACUUGUUAUAAUCGACAAACCAACACUGAUACAUUAUUAUUAACUGAAGUUUGGGUCACUCUUUGUGAUAAACAGUUCUGAGUUUUACACUUACCUACCAUUAUAGUAUCAUACCACAUAGUUUCACUGCCCUAAAAAUCCUAUGUGCUCCACCUGUUCAUCUCUCCUACCCCUUUACACCUCAUAACCACUGGUCUUUUUUUACUAUCUCCAUAGUCUUGCCUUUUCCAGAAUAUCACAGAGUUGGAAUCAUACAGGAUGUAGGGUUGGUUUUUUUUUUCAGAUGGCCUUCUUUCACUUAGUGAUAUGCAUUUAAUAUUUCUCUGUGUCUUUUUGCAACUUGAUACAGAUUUCUUUUUUUGCUGAAUAAUGCUCCAUUGUAUGGAUGCACUAUGCGUUGUUUAUCCAUUCACCUCUGAAAGGCAUCGAUUUGAUUCUAGUUUUUUAUUAAUAGAAAUUUUUAGAGAGAGGGGAAGGGAUGGAGAGAAAGAAAGAAACAUCAGUUGGCUGCCUCACACGCACCCGGACUAGGGACCGAACUCACACUCAGGCAUGUUCCCUGAUGGGGAAUCAAAUUGGCAACCUUUUACUUUGUGGGAUGACUCCCAACCAACUAGACCACACUAAUCAGGGCUGUGGACAUAGUUUCAGUUUACUGGGGUAAAUGCCUGGGAGCACACCUGGUGAUCAUGUGGUAAGCCUAUGUUUAGCCUUGUAAGAAACUGCCAGACUGUCUGUCUCAGUUCAUUUGGGAUGCUAUGACAAACACCAUAAACUAGGGGACUUAAAACCAAUUUAGCCCUGGCUGGUGUAGUUCAGUGGAUUGAGCACCAGCCUACGAACCAAAGGGUUGCAGGUUCAAUUUCCAAUUGGCACAUGCCUGGGUUGUGGGCCAGGUCCCCAGUUGGGGACAUGAGAGAGGCAGCCACACAUUGAUGUCUCUCUCCCUCAUUUUCUCCCUCCCUUCCCCUUUCUCUGAAAGUAAAUAAAUAAAAUCUUUUAAGAAAACAAUUGAAAUUUAUUUUUCCACCGUGUUGGAGGCUGGGAAGUCCAAGAUCAAUGUGCUGACAGAGUCAAGGUGCUGCUU